CUUCUCCACUCUCUCUGCGUCACACAACUCCCUCGCUCAUCAUUCUUUAUACCGGCAAUAGAUGGGAGACGUUGCAGUCGUCGCCGGCGGCGACAUUCUACAGGAAAAAAUGGAGAAAGAGAUCAACCAUGUCCUCGUCGUUCCCUUUCCUUUACAAGGCCACAUAAACCCACUCGUUCAAUUCUCCAAACGUUUAGUCUCCAAAGGCCUUAAAGUCACCCUCGCCGUUACCAAAUACACCGCAAAAUCCAUGCAAGACCGGCCGCCGGCCACUUCCUCCUCGAUCUCCGUCGAGCCCAUCUCUGACGGAAUUCAAGAAGGCGAGAUCAUCCCCGACGAAGAAACUUACCUCGACCGCAUUAAGGUCAACGUUUCUAAAACCCUAACCGAUCUCAUUAUUCGUCUCAACCAAUCUUCUUGUCCUCCCAAGUUUCUUAUCUACGACUCGAUUAUGCCGUGGGCUUUGGACGUUGGCCAGAAACUGGGUCUCCGGGGAGCUUCGUUUUUCACUCAAGCUUACUCUGUUAAUGCUAUUUAUUAUCAUUUUCGUAGAGGGGAAAUAAAAGUUCCGGCGAAUAGUGAAAAUGUGACGGUGCCGCCUUUGCCAACUUUGAGCGUGAACGAUCUACCGUCUUUUAUAUGUGACCCGAACUCCGACCCGGCUUUGGUGGAUCUGCUGUUGAGUCAGUUCUCUAAUUUUCAAGAGGCUGACUGGGUUUUAAAUAACAGUUUUGAUCAGUUGGAAAGCGAGGUGGUGAACUGGAUGUCAAGCCAAUGGAGAAUCAAGAACAUAGGCCCUACAGUGCCAUCAAUGUUCUUAGACAAGCGAUUAGAAGACGAUAAAGACUACGGUCUCAGCCUCUUCAAACCAGAUGCAGACACUUGCUUGACAUGGCUGGAUUCCAAGCAACCCGGCUCCGUCGUCUACGUAUCAUUCGGAAGCUUGGCGUCUCUGGAAGGGGAACAGAUGAUUGAAUUAGCAAGAGGUUUACAGAUGAGCGGCAGCCAUUUCUUAUGGGUGGUCAGAGACCUGGAAUGGAAGCUUCCAGCCAGCUUCAUAGAAGAAACUUCAGACAAGGGUUUGGUGGUGAGUUGGAGUCCGCAACUCGAAGUUCUCGCUCACAAGUCGGUUGGCUGCUUCAUGACUCACUGCGGUUGGAAUUCCACCCUGGAGGCAUUGAGCUUGGGCGUGCCAAUGGUGGCAAUGCCGCAAUGGACAGACCAGCCGACGAAUGCGAAGUUCGUGGCGGACGUGUGGAAGGUGGGAAUUAGGGUUAAGGUGAACGAAGGAGGGAUGGUGAGUAGAGAGGAGAUCAGUGAGUGUAUAAAGGAAAUAAUGGAAGGCGAGAAAGGGACAGAGAUAAGAAAGAAUUCGGAGAAAUGGAGGGAUUUAGCUAGAAAUGCUGUAGAUGAAGGAGGAAGCUCAGACAAGAACAUUGAUGAAUUUAUUGCUUUCGUUGCCAGUAACUAAGCUUGAGUUCUAGGGUUAGGGUUUGGCCUUUAUUUCUCUUAUGAGAUCUUUUGUCGGAUGUGAA